GAAGAGAAGGUGGCCCUCAGGCAGUAAAAAGUUCCUCACUCCUGCUCUUCAGGCAAAAUAAAAAUAAGGAUUGUGUUGGUCCGACAAGCUCCUGAAGAGGUUGGAGUCAAGGCCAUAGGUCUCAAGGUCUCCUUGGCAGCAACCAGCUGAGGUCACAAUGGCUCCAUCCCCACCACAGCCUUCAGCCCCAGUGGUGGUGGCCACAUAGGGGAAAGCCGGAGAAAGGGGAGAAGGGCAUCUCCCAGCAAGAGGGGGGUGAGCCCCCUGGAAUGGGGAACUGGGCCUCCGGAAGGAAGCUGGAGGCAACAGGCGAUGAAGAACCUAAGUCGGAGAAACCAGACAGGGGAAGUCAGGGGUUGAUGAAGUUCUUUCGGAGAGGCCAAUGGGCAACAUCGCCUUGCUUCUGACCUUGCUCACCCAGCCUCUGUGAUGGAAGAGAAAGCAGGCUUCCAAGGGGUGAUCUUGGCUGUGAGCACUAGGAAAAGACCAGAGUUGACUAUCCAUCCAUGCCUUAUGCCAAUUCUUCAGCUGUGCGGGAGUUCUACCUGGUGGGCUUCCCCACAGAACCUUCCACGCAGUUGCUUCUCUUCUUCCUGGUGUUGACCAACUACCUCAUCACACUCUCAGGGAACACGGUCAUCAUCUGCAUCACUCUGUCCGACCAUCGCCUGCAGAGCCCCAUGUACUUCUUCCUCCGCAAUUUCUCCUUUGCAGAAAUUUGGUUCACGACGGUGACGGUGCCUAAGCUUUUGGCCGGGUUCCUCUGGGGAAGCCACACCAUCUCCUUCGUUGGUUGCAUGACUCAAUGUUACUUCUACUUUCUCCUCGGGGCUACGGAGUUCUUGCUUUUAGGAGUCAUGUCCUUUGACCGCUAUCAAGCCGUGUGCAACCCCUUGCGCUACCCAGCACUGAUGACCAGGAAGUUCUGCCUUAAGCUGGUCUGUGGGACAUGGGUAGCAGCCUUCUUCACUAUCCUUGGCCCGCUCAUCAUGGUCACUGGUCUACCCUACUGUGACUCCAACGUCAUCAACCAUUUCUUCUGCGACCGCACGCCCUUGGUGAACCUGGCUUGCACCGACACCGAAUGGGUGGAGACCAUCAACUUGGUUCUGGCUGGGGGGCUCAUCCUCGGAUCCUUGGUUCUGACUGUCAUCUCCUAUUGUUUGAUCACCCUGGCUGUUCUGAGGAUCCCCUCCGUGCAAGGUCGAAGCAAGGCCUUCUCCACUUGCGCCUCCCACAUGGUUGUGGUCACCAUCGUCUACGGCAGCCACAUCUUCAUGCAUGUCCGCACCACACACACCUAUACCGAAAGGGUGGACAAAGUGGUGGCUCUUUUGACUAGUGUGGUGGCCCCAUCGCUCAACCCCUUCAUCUACACCCUGCGGAAUGAGAAGGUGAAGGAAGCCCUUCGAGAUGUUGCAAGGAAGAGAGGACUGUGCCUCAAGGAAGAAGUAAAGGAAAAGACUGGGAAGAACUUUCACAAAAUUGUGGCGGGUGAGAUGUGAAGCUGCUGGUGUGACCGGAUGUAGGUCUUGGGGGUCCUGCUACAUUUCCACAGGGAAGGACAGGAGCUCCUUCACUGAGUACCUUCAAGGCAAUGUUGGACUAAUUUCUAUUUAUGAAACAAGUAUAUUCUUCUUUCUUCCCCAGAGCAAGAUGAUUUACUCAAUGUAACCCAA